UAGGGCUCGCUCCUUUUGAAUUAUUUCCCCCUCUCACGAUGGCGAUGGCAGCGAUGGUCUGGGCGCUCGCUCCAUUGGUGAUUUUACUCAUCCAUCCCGCCGUUUGCUCGCGCCUGAUUCUAUCGCCGCUCACGCUCCACAAUGGUCUCGGCAAGACGCCGCCAAUGGGAUGGAAUAGCUGGAACCAUUUCGGAUGCAACAUCGAUGAAUUGACCGUCAAAGAAACUGCCGAGGCGCUGGUCUCGACUGGCCUGGCUGCAUUGGGAUACAAUUACUUGAAUGUUGACGAUUGCUGGGCCGAGAUGAAGCGAGGCUCUGAAGGCGAACUUACUGCUCGAGCAGCAACUUUCCCAUCUGGCAUCAAGGCCCUGGCGGAUUUUGUUCACGAGAAAGGUCUCAAGUUUGGGAUUUAUUCCGACGCCGGGUACUUUACGUGUGAGAAGCAGCCUGGAUCUCUUGGAUACGAGGAACAAGACGCUGAAACCUUCGCCUCAUGGGGAAUCGAUUAUCUCAAGUAUGAUAACUGCUUCACAGAUGGAAGUAAGCCUGAGUUGAGGUAUCCAAUCAUGCAGGAAGCUCUCGCCAAGACGGGUCGUAAGAUAUUCUUCUCCAUCUGCGAAUGGGGCGUCGACGACCCCGCAGAAUGGGCGCCUGACGUUGGAAAUAGCUGGCGUACUACCGGUGACAUCACUGAUACCUGGAAAAGCAUGACAACUAUUGCCGAUUUAAAUGAUCGCUGGGCUUCGUUUGCUGGACCCGGCGGCUGGAAUGAUCCAGACAUGCUUGAAGUUGGAAACGGCGGAAUGACCAUUGACGAAUAUCGCUCACACUUCAGCAUAUGGGCAUUGAUGAAGGCACCAUUGAUUCUCGGCUGUGAUCUCCGAGAUAUGAGCAAUGACACGCUAGAGAUCAUUACCAACAAGGAGGUUAUAAGUGUAAAUCAAGAUUCAUUGGGAAUUCAAGGGAGAAAAGUUUGUAAGAAAGGACCUGAAGAAUGCCACGAGAUCUGGGCCGGUCCACUCUCUCUUAAGCGAACAGCGGUAGUGAUCUGGAACAGGUGCGAGGAGGAUGCCGAUAUCGAGGUGUCAUGGCAAGAGAUCUCAUUGCAUCCAUCCACUAGAGUGACAAUACGAGACUUGUGGAAGCACGAGUACUGGAGUGGUGUUUACAACGAAAGCAUUGUGGUUAGCGUGGCCCCUCAUGGUGCCGAGAUGUUUAUCCUAAGCCCGGGAUGGUCGUCUCUUCCUAAGCAGGUUCUCGUCAGCAGCCUUUGAUACUUUCUUCGCUUCACAGUAAUCGGAAAUGCUAAAGCUUCUGGCUAAGAUUGAGAGUUGUAAUUGCUCAUGCUUUCCUUGCAGGAAGGCCGAGCAUAGAUAAGCUCGAAUACGAGUCUGUGUGUGUUAAAUCUGUUACAAUUUAUACUUCGUUGAUUAUCGAGC